CCUCCAUCCCUCCCUCCCUCUGCCUGCGCAGAGCCGCAGACAUGGCGCUCAACAAUUUCCUCUUCGCUCAGUGCAUCUGCUACUUCCUGGCUUUCCUCUUCAGCUUCAUCGUGGUGGUGCCGCUGUCCGAGAAUGGCAAUGACUUCCACGGCCGGUGCCUACUCUUCACCGAGGGCAUGUGGCUCAACGCCAACCUGACAGUGGAGAGGCAGCGCUUCACCGUGCAGGAGUGGGGGCCUGAGGCUGCCUGCCGCUUCAGCAUCUUCACCGGGCUCCUCUCCCUGCUGCUGGCCACAGUGCAGGCCUGGCGGACCCUCUUCUUCCUCUGCAAAGGGCACGAGGACUCUUUCUUUUAUGCCUUCCUGAAUCUGCUGAUCAGCGCCUUUGUGGUGUUUAUCACCUUUAUUGCUAGCACUAUAGUGAGUGUAGGAUUUAACAUGUGGUGUGAUGCAAUUACCGAAAAAGGGAGCAUGCCAAAUAGCUGUGAAGAAUUACAAGAUAUAGAUCUUGAACUGAACUUAGAAAACUCUGCUUUCUAUGACCAGUUUGCUAUUGCACAGUUCGGUCUCUGGGCUGCCUGGCUGACUUGGCUGGGAAUUACCAUUCUGGCUUUCCUGAAGGUUUAUCACAACUACAGACAGGAGGACCUGCUAGAUAGCCUGAUCCAUGAGAAGGAGCUGUUGCUAGGAAGAUCCUCUUCACGAACCUCUUUGCAAGAUGAGAAAAGUGCCAUGAUCUAAAGUGUAAGAGAAUUUCCAGGGCAGGAUCUAGAUUUUAUAAUUAAGUAGUGCGAGCUAAAGUUUUGAGUGAGUGAGAUCUUAUCUUUCCUAAAAAGACAUGUAUUUGGGAACCACCCAGUUCCUUCAUGAGAAAUUCUUGCCAGACAAACUUCUGUUAGGACACAGACAAUGAACUGUCCCACGUGCCGCUAAUGCAGCAAACUCUGUCCUGCACAUGCAGGGAGCAGCACUAGCUGUAACCAGCUGUUGCAAGCAGAGUUCCCACGUGCUAUCGCUGACCUUUGGGGAAAGUGACUGUUUUUGAGGACUGUGCUAGCAAGACCAGGCUACAGAAUCUAGGCUAUUUCUUCAAACUAUACUGCAACAACAGUUGUAACUGGGGCUGUGUCUAGUCCCUUCUCUCUCCUUCUCCUGCCUUUUGCCAGUAAUGCUGCCCCUAUUCUCACAUUAUUCUAGGUAACUGCUGCUCUGAUCCAGGUAUAGGUGGGGCUUUUGCUGUCUCUGCUUUUGCUGUGUGUGGACACAGUGCUGACAAACCUGUUGCUCCUGCUCCAGUUUUGAGUUAGUUUAGAGCAUACGGACCUUUGUUCCUGACUUUAUUCUUAAUCUUAGACAGUUGUAGUGAAUUUCAUGAAACCACUAUAUUAUUAUUAAAGUAUCUGUAAGAAGCUGUGUAUGAUUUGGGGGGAUGGCGGAGAAUAUUUGUGUUUUUGUUUCUUCUUAGAUUUUUGCAUGAUCAACAUUUAUUACAACUUCCUAAAGUGUAGUGUAGCUAGCAAUUGCUGAAGCUUGCAUAGUAAGAGAUUAAGCUGAAUAGAUAAUAUUAAUGCUUGCACAUUCAUAUAUAUAACUUGGUCCCUAUUACUGUAUACUAUUCAAUUUUGAGUAUUAGAAUUUAUGUGUGAUAUUCAUUUCAUAGAUGGUAUGCAAAAUUAUUGUAAACAUUUGGAUAGAUAGUUCAGUUCUGAGUAGGCCCGUUGUGCCUACUCAUGGGCAGGAGUACCAGGGCUAACAAUUUUUGCUGUAAAAAGGGAGGAGAAUUGUGACUUUGUUGUUGCUUUUGGGUUCUUUUGGCCAGUGCUUCAAUGAAAAAGGUGAAUUGUUUCAGAUGAGAAGGAGAUCCAACAAUUAAGAAGAAUUUUUCAGAUGAGCGCAGGAUUUGCAUGGCAGAGAACAAAUGUGCUAGAAUAUAGGCAGUUAUCCCCAGGUACAAGAUACACGGCAGUCCGUAAUUCACCAGAAAACUUAAGCAAACAGUGAAGUUUAGGUGCAAGAAGAUUUUUGGUGGGCACAGUGACACUGCUGCUUGAUUCGAGACUGAAAUUAUUGUACCAUGAGUGCAAACCAUUUGCAUCUAUAUUGCCUGGUAAAUGGGGAGGGAGGGAAAGAAAGUAGCAGACUUCUACCCCACCCAUCUACAAUUUUCCUGUCUAGAGAGUCAGCUGUCUUGCUCCACACUUACAGUCUCAUGCAAGCCGGCAUGCAGGCAGACUGGAUGAACAGGCACUCUCGCUUUGAACAAGAGCUCCAGCCUGUAGCUAGCACAACCGUGCAGAUUUACUGUUGUCUUCUGGGAACUAUUUGGUGCUUAAAGAUAAGUACCUGAUUAAAUGUUUGGCUGAAUCAGAAUUUGAAAGCAUAAGAAGUCCCUGAAUUUCUAAGCAUUUUAGAGCAUAAAAUCCAAGAUUACAUUUAACAGCCAAAUUGCACUCGUAGGUUUAGGAAAAAACCCUCCAUGUGUUAUAAGCAGGGAGUAGGCCCUGAUAAUCUGCACUGUUUAUAAUCUCAGCUGGUCAGGGCUGCCUGUAGAGAGAUCUUGUUUUUCAGCACUGAUUUCUGCCCACAAGGGAAUAUAAUUCCUUUGAAAGCUUUACAGCUGUGGCUUUUUUGCAGUUGUGAAUUGAUAUCAGAGGCAGAGAGAAGUAAUCCUCAGAGAGGGAGAAUCCAAGAUCAAGUUUGUUAAUACCAAUUUAAAAUCCAAAGAUCAGGACUGUUGGAAUAUUUUUAAAAUUCAGUUGGUCUAAUUAGAGAGAGACCCUUGCAGACACCCAAGCUCUUUGCCAGGGAGCCUUCCCCUUCAUGCCCUGGAGAAAGACUUAGGGCCCGAAAGUUAUCCUGUUUCCUCAGCUGACUGGUUCCUCAGCUCUUUCUCCAACUGCAGAAAACUAUUUCUCCUUCCAAACUUGCCUUGAAUUUCAGAGUCAGCAGUGAUGUUCCCUCCCACAAAUUACUUCAGUGCAUACCCAAUUUGUCUCAUGGGACCAUGCUGCUGCUGCUUUGUAUAAUAUGUUUUUACAGGUGCCAAAUCAGGCUUAGGCUGAAGUAACUUGUGGGUUGGGACCGGAGUUCCCUGUUCCUUCCCUGAUGGUUUAGAAAACAGGGAGGCAGGGUGGCAGCAAGUGUCUCUUCAUCAUCUCUCCUCUGAGGCACAUGAGCUAGAGCUCAGUUACUGACUGUGAGGAAGAUGAGGAUCCUGCUUUCUGGUGAGGCUGUUCAGAGCAGAUGCUCUUGUCUACUCUUUCCCCAGGUCUCUGGGUCUUUUGCUCCUUCCACUUCCAUGAGAAGCAGCAAACACUCAACCUGGAGUUUCUGGUUUUGUUGGGUUUUGUGGGUAGCAUUUUCACUAAUAUUUGUCACCCUGACACAGUCUUCUUUGUUCUGCUGCUCAAAAGACAAAAAGUAAGUCAGGCAGGAUCCCAUCUCCAAGAAAAACUCAAUAGGAAUGAGAUACCUCACUUCUUUAGCUGCCUUUGGAAAUCCCAGCCCCCAAAAAGUACAUGCACAGACUCAUCUACUAGCUUUGACACCAGUGCUAAGUCUCUCUGAUUCAUGUACCUGGAAGAAUUCUCCUACAGCCAGUUGCAUUUCUCUGCAAGUAUAACUAUGCCUCGGCUGUUGGAGUGGCCUUGUAAGAUGGAAAUAUGCUGAGGCUCUACUUUGAGUCCCAUAUGCAAAAGGUUUCUCCUCCUCAGCUUCAUACACUCAACUAGGUGGAGUGAGGCAGGAACCCAGCUAGGGAGCAACAGUGAUGUUUAAAGCAAGGCUAGUUUUGAAGGAGAUCUCUGAGCAACUGAGAGGCAAGAGUGUGUGGUGAGCAGCAGUCUGGUUGGUUUGAGGGAGGAAAUGGGUAUAGUGCAAAGAUGCCGUGUCUGAGCCUGCUUGAACUUUUUUGUUUGCCUUUGGAUUUCUGCAAACUCUUUCCUGAAAGCCUGGACACUCAGGCCAACCUGACAAUGCCAGGCUGAAAAUGUGUUAGAAAGGCAGUAUUAUUUAUGUGUACACUAACACAUAUGCACACACACAUGUGUCUCUUUUGCACCAUUCUAACCUCUGCUUUUAGUUAUCCGUUGCCAAUCAGCGCAGAAUUUGGCUGGAGUAGGAAUUUGUCUUAGUGAUAUUUCAAAGCCUUCUUUAAUCUGCCUUCUCCAAAAGCAGGCCUCUGGGAACACUCUAGCAAGAACUUCUAGCAACACUAGAGGCAAAAUGCAUAUGUGGUAUUAUGUUUGUAUUUUUUAAAUUUUAUAUGAUACAAAGGGAAAAUCUUUGUGGCCUCUGCCCAUGCAGCCCCUCCUGCUGCUGCCCCUAGCAAAGCUGUGGGCUGUGCUGGUGCAGAUGGCGGGUUGCAGUUCUUUGGAUGCUACAUUCCCCGUGACUCAGUGGGUCUUUGCUUUGGCUUGUGUAAAUUACUGGUAAGGCAGUGAGAGUGUUCAUAGAGCCUUACUUUGUCAAAUGCAAACUGAUACUGCUCCUCCAGCACACUGGAGUAUUGCCACAAAAGUAUUUUGUUUUAUUGAAAAUAUUACACAUGUCCUGGCUACCAUCUGUGUUUAACUUCUCUGUCAAUUCCCUGCCAGCAGUGUACUUUGGGUUAGAAAAAUAUGAACUAAAAAGUUUUGGUUGAGUUUUUAGAUCAAUGCUAACUUUUUAUUUUACUUUUUUAAAGAAACAGUUGAAGCCAUUUUUUGGUAUAGAAUUUUCUACUGGGGGUAAAAAAGCAUGUAGCACCUUAUCCCAUGAAUCCAUGAGACAUCUUUUAUCCAUGGACUUUCAGUAGGAAUCACAAAGAUAAGAGGCUGAUGAUUCACUUUAAAAACUGAAGGACACAUGCUUGUUAUGGAAAAUAAUCAUUUUGCUUAGAAAAAUAAUCAUUAUAAUAGUCAGUGAUUGAUGUUUGAAUGCAUAGACCUCAUUCAUGAAGGCAUUCAGUGUCAGGGAGCUGACAAAUGUAUGUAUGCAGCAUAUACCCAGAUAUAUACCAGAGACAAAUCCCAUUGCUUAACUAUGAUACGGGUAUAAGCUCUUCUGUGGGUCAGAAAAUGGAUCAGAGUAGUUGUCUGGUUGCCUUUACUUUCUACACUGCCUUUUUCUUAGCUUUAGUAUCUGUGAAGUGACACUCAGGAUAUGACAUCCAAAGAUGGAUGUGGUUGUGACGUGAGAGGAGUGGGAAAGCGCUGGCCAGCGCGCCAGCUCCAGAGGGCUGGGGUGCGUUUCUAACGCGGGGUUGCAGGUGCUUUAACUCCUCCUGCCUCUGGGUGCUGUUCUGACGUUACCCGGUAUCUGUCCUGCUAGGAACAAAGAGUUGCCUUUCUCUUCAUGGCCUUCCCACACCUACACCAAACAUCGGAGAUUUACCCUCUGUAGUAUUCAAGGUGGAAGCAGAGUUGAAGGAAAUAGGAGCUCGCACUUUACAGUUUUAUUGCAUGAUCAGAGGGUACUUUUCCCUCUGAACAAUAUUCCCAAUUCAGGAAUUCUACCCUGUGGUCUCCUAAAUGACAAGUGACCCUGUCAUGGACAUGAUUCUGUCAUGAAUUCAAGCUAAUUUAACAUACAGACAUGCAGGAGACAAACAGUAUAUAUUUUGAAAGCAGUCUCAACCCCUCAGUUUACAAGCCAUAUUCUUCUGCAACACAAUGCAAUAUUCUGACUCAAAACAGCUAGUCUGUUUUUAAUAGACAGUCAAUUAUUUGUGGAAGGAAACAUAAGGUGACAAGGGGAAAAAAAGAUAUAUUUAAAAUAGUUACAUAGUGCUGGGAGACUGGAAGGGAGAAUUCAUUUCAAAACUUUUAUUUUCUUACUCAGAGAAGAAACUCAAGCAUAUAUUUGGUGUAGGAAGCUGGUAUACAUUUUCUGAAGACAGAAACACUACAUGCCAUCAUAUAGACUUUAUGCUAAACUGGGUUUUCAGCACAACCUCUAAACAGACAUCAGUCUGCGUUAUGGGUCUUAGAAAACACAGAAUCAAAUGUGCAAAUUCAAAACUGAUGUCACCUGCAAAAUGUUCAGUACAAGAAAGAACAUGCAAACCUUGCCUUUGAGUGAAUGUGGCUUUUAUCAUCCCUCUUCUCCAAAGCUCACACCCCAUACGUAAUGUAUCUAAAAUCACUUUUGCAUUUUUUUGACAAAAAUCCAGACAGUCAUGUAGAUUGGUCAGAUUUACAGUUUAUAAUCUGAUUUGGAUUUUGGUGAAACUUUUGUCUCUGCUUUUAAAUCCACUUGGGUGUGAACAUCCUUGAACUAAUGGGAAUCUUGUCUGUAUCCAGAUCCUAAAUUUGCAUCUCAGAUCACUUCCUCUGCUGAUGGAAAUAGCCCAUUUUUAUCUCACUGGAAUUUUUGCUUUCAGUGGAAGACCCGGGAGACCAUAAAUAUCCUCUCCUCAUGCUUAGGCAGUUUGGGAAGAGAGUCAGUUUUUGCAAGGCUAGUUUCCACACUUGCAUACAGCGAGAAAAUGUUCAUAGAAUUUCAGGAGCACCGACAUUGUUUUAGAGAUAUUUCUGUUCAGUUUUCAUCUAAUCCCCUAAAGUAUAUGUUUCUAUUCUUGUCCUCCACAAGAAAGAGUAAAUCUAUCCUGAACUCUAUUUUAGUAUUCACAGAUACACACAAGAGUUUUUUCUUUUCUUUUUUCUUUUUCUUUUUUUUUUUUUUUUUGGAGUGGCAAGAUUCCACUCAGUAAUUUCUGAAUCUAACAACUGCAUAGAAGACAGCACUUUGAAAUACUCCUGGCAUAGAAGGGAGAAAUCAUACCUGCACUCUCUCAAAACACUUCACAGUUGUUUCUGAUAGGUGAGACUGCAAUUUGCUUAAUAUAUAGCAAGUACUGUUUAUUUAAAUGCAGGCAUGUAAUUAAUAAUAUCUUUGCAUUCUGUUGUUGGGAAGAAUAUUGACAUAGCAAUGCUUUCUCUUGAAAUUUAGUUUCUUUUGUCCAGGCCAAAGAGCGUAAUUGAACUGAUAUUGCUAACAGAUUAAUGUGAAUGUAUUCACCUGAGUGCUUAAACUUUUCUACCUCUCAUAGGCUGCUAUAAUUGUUUGAACUGUUGUUGCAUACAAUAGUCAAAAGAACUGGAUCUAUAUACAAGUCUAAAUCCUAUUCUCAUAGAUGACUUAAGGAUUUAGAAAUUAACUCUUAGUAAUUUACUGUGAGAUCAUGUUCCCUAGGAAAUGGGCAUAGACAACUAAGAAGGGCUGUGGUGGUUUUGGAACCAAAUUAAAAGUGGGGGGAAAAGAACCCUCUGACUGGUCAAACAAUGACACUUUUAGUUUUUUCUCACCAAAAAGAAAAGCCAGCAACAGUAAUCUAUUAGACAUAGAAGGUUAUGGGUUACCUGAAAUGUUGCGUUUCACUGAGGGCCAGAAGUGAUGAGCUAUCUUGUUAAUAUGGCUCAAAGAGGCCUUUCCCACAGUCAGAUACCCACAGAGCACUCACCCCAAAUGUGAGAGGUGCUAGUUUAAUCCCCUCCUCUGCUGAAGAGGUAUGAACCCCAUCUACUAGGGAAAUGCUCCCACCACAAUGUUAUUCUGGAUCUUCCUCAAAUCCUCCCAGUGGAGCUUUAUCCACUUGGCUUAAAAUUCCAAAAUAAUGACUUUAAGGCUCGUGGUUGUAAUGUUUAUCAAGGAGAUAAAGCACUUAGCAACAAGAAAUGCUCAUUGAAGUAGCUUGAAUUAUUUGUAUAAUGUGGAAACUUGGUUUGAGAAGUUUUCGCCCCCACACUUCCCCGGAUUAUAUUGUAAAAUGAGGGUUGAGAUAACCUAUAAGGAGGUGGGAAUGAAGUUCAAUUUUACCAUUGACCUCCUGGGUGAAUUCUCACAUAAAUGGAUAAAUAGCCCUAUGAGGAAGCUUUACUUCCACCCUGCUUUUUCCCCCAUUUUCCCCAAAUUAGGGCAAAUUUGACUUGCCUGUGUAAACAGGUUCUGAACAGGGUUUAUGAAGGUGAAUGAAAUUGCAGUUCCUAUGGCAAAUUUUACUUUCUGAAAAAAAAAAAAACAGAAAAAAGAAAAGUCUCCCAGUUUUUCUAUUUUAUCACUUGGGCUCUUUACAGUCUGACACCAAAUCCUUCCUUUUACAUAAGCCAGGCCUGAUUCUGGUGACACAUUACUUUAACAGAUUCACAGGACUGGUGCCAGCAUUCCCUUGAGGAACCCAGUGGCUCUAGACUAGUGAAAUAUUAGACCAUAGAUCAGGAAAGUAAGGCAGUGAAGUGUUUGAAAAUCAACUGUCAUGGUACUCCACAUGACACAGUCCAGAGCUUUUCACCCACUUGUUCCUACAGCAGAGGGAAUUAUUUUUCCCUGUAAACACUGAGAAGUUGAACAAUUUGUGUCUAAAAUACAGCACAUCUUUCUACAACAUGCUGGAUCUUGAUUUAAUGAAUUAACCACUUCCGCUUCCAAGGCUGCUGCCGUGGUUUUAACCCUCGUUGUUAAAAGUGUUCAAUAUUUGACUUCAGAAGGUGCUAAUGAUCUCCUUACUAAACCACAGUCUUUAAGAGUUGAAAACAGUCUUUUUGCCAAAUAACGCUGAGGAGAUCCUUGCCGAGCAGCAUCCUUCAGGGUUGGGGACGAGGAGGACUGCACUGGGGUCUAGGACCGGUGCACACCGAUGGCACCGAGCGGUAUUGCUCAAACACUCUCUGAAUAAAACUAAUGCUAUUUCUCAGCCCAAGCUGUGCAAUUGAGAAAUCAAUAUAUUGUGAUCUAAAGUACACUUCUAAAAGGUUUUUGCAGGUUUAUAUUAAAAGUAAAAAUCAGUUCCACUGACAUCUCGUUCCCCUGAGUCGCUGCUUCUCUAAAAGCAUUCCUGCAAAUUUUCGAGAGGGCUUUAUUGACAUCAAGCUGACCAAGCCUUACUUCUCACAUCUUUUUCUGUCAGACAGACAAGCACUGCAGAGGGGGACAGGGGAGUGCCAUAAAUCGGAAUAAAAUCAGAGAGGAAAACUGUCAGUGCACUUGUUCUGAGGGAUUUCAGCUCUCGGGCUCCAAGGCAAGGGACCCAGUGCGGCAGCACCCGCACUGGCGGAGCUGACACUGAUUUUGGGCUUAGCUCAGCCUGUUUGGUCACAGUGAGCUCACACAGCUUCAUAAACCGCAGAACAUCGGUGGCACAAGGUUUGGGCAAAUUGCUUCAGAAAACCUCUGUUUUCAGCACUGGUGGCUCCCGAACCCCCCCAGAUGGCCCAUUGCCCUGCUCAGCUCGUGACUUGUGUGGUGACAGAAGGACUGUUCCCAAAUCACUGUAGACUUGCUGUUAGUGAAAGGAGCACAUUAACACCCUUGCUAUAGUUUUAAAAGGUUUGUCUGUUGUGUGGUACCGCCUGCAAAGAUCUGAAGUGGAUCUUUAUUGCUGACAUUCAGUGCAGAGCCUCAAAGCAUUUCAGCUUCUCUGGAAAUAUAUGUCCUGUGACUUCUAUAUUUGUGAACUGUUGUUUCUUAUAGCCACUUGAGAAAAGCUUUACAGCUUUUUAUAGUCUAGAUUAAACGCCAUGUUAUGCUGCUAAAGACGUCCCUGUGUAAUGGAUAUUUUGGAGCAAAAAUAGAACAGUUUUUCAUAAUUUGUUUAAACAUUGAAAGCAGGAGAGGGGCAGAUCCUUAGCUUGUGUAUAUAGUUUAGCUUUGUGGGCCAUACUGGAGCCAUGCCAGCCUGCACAAGCUGAGAAUAGAGCUUGGUGUAUUUUGAAUAUUAUCUCUCAUGCUUUGUAUGGUCCUUUGCAGUGUAAUGACUGCUGAUUUGGAGCAUUAAUUGCAUGAUUUUCACAGAAACAGAGUUGGAGUUAUGUUUAUUAUUGUUUUGAUACAGUAUCAAAAGGGAAGUCUUUUGUUAGCAUUUUUAAUAUAGCCAUUUGUAAACAUCCGGCAAAUAAAAAUUAUAAGUCCAAUUCUCCUACUAAUGGAGCCAUUGAAAAAGUUUCCUUUGGCUUUAACAGGAGCUGGAAUGAGUUCAAUAUAGGUGAUAUACUGUAGUGUAACUGAUAAUGAAUUAAUGUGUUUUAUAUAUUGAAUGCUUUUUGCUGGACAGUGCAUUGGCUUUUUAUGAUUUGGUGACAUACGAAUAAAUUAUUUGAAAAUUCA